GAAACAAAUGAUAAGCGCCGUCGACCCGUCGUCUGAAUUGACGUAAAUGAGUGACAGUUUACAGUCGCAGAAUAUUUUUAAGGAAUAAAUAAAAAGACAAAGUAACGCGUCUACAUUUGUUCAAGUGUAUCAGUUAUGUAACAAAGCUAGUUUUAUAUGCAAGACCUUAUAGUCAUGAAAUAGCAAAAUCCGGAUCCCAACUCCUAUUGACAUCUUUGUAUUUUCGUUAUCUUUAUAGUAAAUGUCUCUUUUCCUAAUAUAUACAACUUUAUUUUCCAUUUCCUUUGUAGUGUUUGGAUCUACUUCAUCUAAGUGUUCAAGAGCACUUUGGUCUUUCCCUGCUUUGUUUGAAAAAUAUUCUAUCUCUACUAUUAAUCAGUGUAAAAGAAUGAAAUCUUUAUCUGAGUGGAGUUUCACACAGCCAAACCUAUUAGUCCAAUUCCCAAUUGAUCCUAUUAAAGAAAAUUACAUAAGAAGAGUACCAGGCUGUGUAUUUUCUCAUGCAACACCAACACCGCUCAAGACACAAUUGCAGUUGGUUUCUGCUUCUCAUGAUGUAUUAGAAAACAUUCUAGACCUGAAUCCUAUUGAAGAAGCCAAUCCAGUUUUCGCUAAGUUUAUUGCUGGCAACGAGUUGCUACCUGGCUCAGUAACAAUUGCUCAUCGAUAUGGUGGUUAUCAAUUUACUGGGCAGAUCAACUUGGCGAUGGCAGAGCAAUAACACUUGGUGAAUAUGUCAAUAGCAAAGGAAACCGUUGGGAAUUGCAACUUAAAGGUGCUGGCAAAACCCCCUACUCUAGAAAUGGAGAUGGGCGCGCUGUUUUGAGAUCAUCCAUCAGAGAAUAUUUAUGUUCAGAAGCAAUGCAUGCAUUAGGGCUGCUGCAAUCGUCGUUAGCAAAGACAAGGUCGUUCGCGACCAAUUUUACAAUGGAAGGAUGAAAUACGAACCGACAGCAGUUGUUCUUAGGCUCGCUCCUACUUGGUUCCGGAUCGGAUCAUUAGAAAUAUUAACAAGAGAGAAGGAAGUAACAAACUUGAAGCAAGUUGUUGACUUUACAAUCGAACAUUACAUGCCCACGAUUCCACAAGGGAAUUACCUGAAAUUUUUGACAACAGUCUUGGAACAAUCGGCAGCGUUGGUUUCCCUGUGGAUGGCCCAUGGUUUCACGCAUGGAGUUCUGAACACGGACAACAUGAGUCUACUUUCCAUUACCAUUGAUUACGGCCCUUUCGGAUUUCUGGAUUCGUACAAUCCAUCGUUUGUACCCAAUCACAGUGACGAUGAGGGUCGCUACUCGUACCUGAACCAACCGAAAAUAUUCAAAUGGAAUAUGGCCCGUUUGGCUGACGCCCUCCAGCCGCUGCUAUCCGCCGAAGAACAAAAAGAAGCUGCAGCCACCAUCGGUCGAUUUGACGAAAUUUACCAGCAGCAAUUUAUUUCCAUCUUCAGACGCAAGUUAGGACUCUCCAAGGCAGCAAAAGAUGAAGUCAAACUUGUCCAACUCCUUCUGGACAUGAUGCAACAGCGACGGGCCGAUUUCACGCAAACCUUUCGACAAUUGGGUGCUAUUCAUUUGGACAACAUCGAGCUCGGUGAAGAGCAUUGGGCCCUGCAUUCCAUAACGACCCAUCCCAGCUUCAGUGAAUUCAUCAGUCUGUAUCAAAGAAUCGUACAAGAAACGGGAAUAUCGGACGAGGAGCGAUGCAGAGUCAUGAACGGUGUUAAUCCUCGGUACGUGCUCCGCAAUUGGAUGGCUGAGGCGGCCAUUCGCCAAGCGGAGAAAGACGAUUUCCACCUGACCCACCUGCUGUCCAAAGUGUUGAGCAAACCUUACGACAAAGACGACGAAGCGGAAUCUUUGGGCUUUUCGAAUCCCCCACCCGACUGGGCUUGCUCACUCCGAGUCAGCUGUUCCAGUUGAGAAGAUAAAACACAACAGAAAUGAAUUGACACUCGACAUGUUGUUUAAAGUGACUUGAUUUUUUUAAAUUUCGAUCAGCGAAUUGUAACAUGCAUACACGGGAAAAAAAGAAGAGAGAUAAGCAAUACAAUUUAUUGACGGUUA